AACCGCCAAUAAACUCCAAAAGAAGAAAAAAAGGACAAAGAAGAAGGCAUGGCGGUCCUGCAGUAUCUCUCUACAGCGGAGUUAAUGAAACAAGGAGCAGAAGCCCGUUUGUAUCGUGCAAAGUUUUUAGGAAAGCCAACAGUAAUCAAAGAAAGGUUUCCUAAAUGCUACAGACAUCCAGAGCUGCACGAAAAGUUGAACUAUCGCAGAACAGUUCAUGAGGUCCGCUCCAUUCUGCGCUGCCGAAAAGUAGGCAUAUCUGCACCAGUUGUAUACUUUGUGGAUUACAAGUACUACUGCAUCUUCUUGGAGGAAAUUGUUGGUUCCAUGACUGUGCGUGACCACAUCAACUCUAUUCAGCAUGUCAACACCAGUGUGGACCAAGGUCUGCAUAAGCUAGCUGAGAAAAUUGGCCAGAUUUUAGCCAAAAUGCACGAUGAGAACGUCAUCCACGGUGACCUGACCACGUCCAACAUACUGCUGAGGAAUCGUCCAGAGGACAUAGAACAAGAGCUUGUCUUCAUCGACUUUGGCCUGAGUUACAUUUCAGCUUUGCCUGAGGAUAAGGCAGUUGAUUUAUUUGUCCUGGAAAAGGCUUUUCUUGGUACUCACCCCAACACAGACGUGUUGUUUGAGAAGCUGCUAAAGAGUUACACUGCAACAUCUAAGAUGUCUCUAGCAGUUAUUACAAAGCUUGAUGAAGUACGGCUGAGAGGGAGGAAGAGGUCCAUGAUGGGAUGAUCAUGAAAAGUGUAUGCACAAACACUCAUCUUGAGUUUCAGAUUACUGGUUAAUGGGUUGAAAGGAUAAAGCUAGUAUUUAGCACAACAACUAUAUUGAGCAAAACUAAAAUAAACAGUUUUUUUUAUUGAAUCUUCUCAUGGGUUUUAAAUGUUAUCAAAAGGUUUGGUCCCCUCCAUUAGUUGUUCAAAAUAAAUGGAUGGGGCCAGUAGGGUUGGGGAUGGAGUGGGGAGCAAAACCUCAUUAGGUCAGUUUGGAAGAAAAUAAUAUUGGUAAAAGAUAUCUACAGUGAAGCAUGGUGGUAUCUGCAUCAUGUUAUGAGAUUACUUUUCUUCAGAAGGAAAUGAGGUCUUUCUACAUUGGGGUCCUAAUUCUGAAAUGUAUUAAAUGACAAACUGUUUUGACCAAAAUCUGGUGCAUAACCAAGUUGUAAGUUGUCUCAAAUUCAAAAGUAAAAAUAAAACAUAAAUUGCUGUUCCUGUGAAA